CAGCCCUGGGCCCCUGAUGGAGGCUGGGUACCCCUGCCACCCGGCCACAACACCCGCAGGCAAUGGCGGCUCGGCAGGUGUCGUUCAUUGUCACUGAUUGCCACUACCUGCUGACAGUGGACAUCCGAGCCUGCUCUGCCGCCUGGAGGACCAACAAUGUGUGCUCCGCCGAGGCAGGCAGUCUGCCUAGCAAUGUGAGGAAGAACCGCUACAAAGAUGUGGUGGCAUAUGAUCAGACCCGAGUGAUCCUCUCCCUGCUUCAGGAGGAGGGCCAUGGGGACUACAUCAACGGCAAUUUCAUUCGGGGUGCAGACGGAAGCCAGGCCUACAUCGCCACACAAGGACCCCUGCCUCACACUCUGCUGGACUUCUGGCGCCUGGUCUGGGAGUUUGGGGUCAAGGUGAUCCUGAUGGCAUGUCGCGAGACAGAGAAUGGGCGGAAAAAGUGUGAACGUUACUGGCCCCAGGAAAAAAAGCCACUGCAGAUCGGGCCUUUCUGCAUCACACUGACGAAAGAAGCAGCUCUGAACGCAGACGUCAUCCUCAGGACGCUGGCAGUCUCAUUCCAGAAGUCUCAGGAAUUCCGUUCUGUGCACCAGCUGCAGUAUAUGUCCUGGCCAGACCGUGGAGUCCCCAGCAAUCCUGACACCGUGCUCACAAUGAUAGAGGAAGCCCGACGCCUCCACGGACCUAGCCCCCGGCCCCUGUGUGUCCACUGCAGUGCUGGCUGCGGGCGAACAGGUGUCCUGUGCACCAUCGAUUACGUGAGGCAGCUGCUCCUGACCCAGACCAUCCCAGCCAGCUUCAGCCUCUGCGACCUGGUCCUUGAGAUGCGGACACAGCGGCCUUCGUUCGUGCAGACAGAGGAGCAGUAUGGGUUCCUGCACCACACAGUGGCUCAGAUGCUCCACUCAGCACUCCAGAGAACCAGCCCCCUGUGCCAGAACCUCAAGGAGAACUGCGCUCCACUCUACGAUGACGCCCUCUCCCUGCGGACUUCCCCGGCCCUUCCUGCCAGUCCCUGCCCGCCUGGCAGGGUCCUCAGGAGCAGCUCGAUGCCCGCCACGCAGAGCCUCGCCAUGGCUGAUACCUACGCCGUGGUGCACAGGCGCGGGACCCCGGCCACCGCCCGGGAGAAGAGCGAGCGCCCCGCGGUGGAGACGCCGCUCUAUAGCCAGGUGGCGCCGCGCGCGCAGCAGCCCGGAGCGCACCCGGAGCAGGCGCAGGGGGCGCGGCCCAGCAGCUGUCCUGCUGACCAAAGCCCUACCGGACCUGAUGCUUAUGAGGAUGUGGCAGAUAGAGCUCAGACUGGUGGGCUAGGCUUCAACCUGCGCAUCGGAAGGCCAAAGGGACCCCGAAACCCCCCUGCAGAGUGGACCCGGUUGUGAGUGCUACCCCUGUGCCUGCCUCUUGCUCCAAAAGGGUACUUUGCUACCAAUCACAGCUUCGCCAUCUGAAGAGCUAAGAAUGUGGAUACUGGACCAAAGCAAGUUUUGUGGGGAGAACGUGAGGGCUUUGCCUCGUUGGUGACUGCGCUUGGGGGGGGGGGGGAUACAAAAUGCGUGUGUUGAAUCUGCAGCCCCCGGCGGAUGGUACGUGGACAAAGGGGCUUUGGGAGGUUAUUGGAUUUAGGUGAGCUUAUAAGGGUGGGGCCUGUGGUGGGAUUAGUGCCCUUCUAAGAAGGAUGUCAGAGCUCAGAAAGCACGCUCCUCUGCAGCCUCUGUCUUUUCUUGCCAUGAGAAUGUCCAUGUAGGAAGCCAGUCAGCGGAUCUUACUGGGGCCCGGCACCAACCUCUUGGCCUCUGAGGCACCAGAACUAUGAGAAAAUAAAUUUCUGUGAUUUAAACCACA